AUGGCUAGCAACAAUAACAACAACAACAGCGAUGACGACGAGAAGAAGCAGUUGCAAAUAACUUGGCUGAAGCUCACAUUAUCCGGCCAUAAGCACAAAAAGAGUAUGGAAACACAGCUCGAACCCAAACAGGGACUGCCAACCACAGCGCGUUGUAAAAAUUUGCGCAUCGAUUUGUGGCCAGACGACGACGAGGACGACGACGACGACAACGACGACAACGACAAGGGCCAAAGCUCCAAAGAGGAGUACAGGACAAUGCUACGCAGCAACAAUACGACCAGCGUCCAGCAGGAACAGCAGGAGCCGCCUCAUCAUCGCACCCCGCGAAAAGUGGCGUAUAAAAUUUACUUUGGCUUCGACGAUGAUGGCAAUGGCGAUGACGAGGACGAGGACGAUGAAGACGACGACAAAGAUGAGGACGAGGACAUAAAAUAA